AAAUAUUCUCAUUGCAUUAAACUAAUACCUCCAUGUUUCCUUGGUUUUAGGUACCUUGUACAAAGAUGUCAAUUGCAUUGCUGUUUAUCUUGCUCUUCAUAUUCCCAAUGCUGCUGUCAGGGGCUUGGUUCCCCAAAACUUUACCCUGUGAUGUUGAAUCUUCAGAAGGUACUGUGGCAGUGGACUGCACUGACCGGCGCCUUACAGAAGUCCCCAGAGGGAUCCCUGCAAACACUACCAACCUUACCCUGAGCAUUAACCAUAUUCCCCACAUCUACCCAACAACCUUCAAUCAUCUUGAAAAUCUCGAGGAGAUUGACUUCAGAUGCAACUGUGUGCCUGUCAAACUGGGGCCCAAGGAUCAUGUGUGCACCAACCACCUGAAGAUUGAGGAUGGUAGUUUUGCUGCCCUGACAAGAUUGAGGUCAUUGUACUUGGAUGCAAACCAGCUGGCAGAAAUACCCCGAGGUCUUCCUGCUACUUUAACCCUGCUAAGCCUGGAAGCAAACAGUAUCUUUUCUAUCCAAGAAGCCAGCUUCUCAGAGCUAGGAAACAUAGAGGUAUUGUACCUUGGACAGAACUGUUACUACCGCAACCCGUGCAAUGUCUCAUUUGAAAUUGAGAAAACAGCCUUUCUGGGGCUGAAGAAGUUGACAAUACUAUCCCUGAAGUCCAACAACUUAACGCAAAUUCCACCCAAUUUGUCGUCUACUUUAAAGGAAUUGUAUAUUUACAACAACGUGAUUCAGGAGAUUCAAGAACAGGAUUUAAGUGGCCUUCCCAACCUAGAAAUUCUUGACUUAAGUGGCAAUUGCCCACGUUGCUAUAAUGCCCCAUAUCCUUGCAUUCCCUGUCCCAAGAGCUCCAUUCAGAUACAUUCAAAGGCUUUUGACUCCUUGGGAAAUUUAAGAAUUUUGCGGCUUCGCAGUAACUCUCUCCAGAGCAUACCCAGCAGCUGGUUUAAAAACAUCAAGAAUCUUAAAGAACUUGACCUCUCUCAAAAUUUCCUCAUGAGGGAGAUUGGAGAUGCUCAGUUUUUGACAUUUAUCCCCAGCCUUGUGCAGCUUGAUCUGUCCUUUAACUUUGAACUGAAGGUGUAUUCUCCUUACUUGAAUCUUUCUAAGACAUUUUCUUCUCUGUCUAACCUGGAAACCCUGAGACUCAAGGGUUAUGUGUUUAAAGAACUGAGAGCACAAGAUCUACAUCCACUCCUCAGUCUUACCAAUCUGACCAUGUUGGAUCUCGGGACUAAUUUCAUUAGUUGCAAAGUUGCAAACCUGAAAGUGUUUGAAGAAUUCCCAGCUCUUAAGUUCAUUGACCUCUCAGUGAAUAAAAUUUCUCCUUCUUCAGGGGAAAGUAACUUCUAUGGGUUUUGCUCUAGCCCUGACAUUUCAGUCGAGCAGUACAAUAGGCAAGUACAACAAGAGAUGCAUUAUUUCAGGUAUGAUUUUUAUGGGCGAAGUUGCCAUUCCAAAGACAAAGAGGCUUCUUCCUACCAAUCUUUAGUUAAACAAGAUUGCCUGAACUAUGGAAAAACUCUGGAUUUAAGCAGAAACAAUGUAUUUUUUGUUAACCCCUCUGACUUUCAUGGAUUUAGCUCCCUCAAAUGUCUCAACUUGUCCGGUAAUGCAAUAAGUCAAACUUUAAAUGGAAGUGAAUUCUCUUACUUGUCUGGAUUGAAAUAUCUGGAUUUUUCUAACAACAGGGUUGAUUUGCUCUACCAAACUGCUUUCAAAGAACUAAAACAUUUAGAAAUUCUAGAUCUGAGCAAUAACAAAUAUUAUUUUCUGGCAGAAGGUGUUUCUCAUGUGCUAAAUUUUAUGAAAAACCUAGCCCAUUUGAAGAAGCUGAUGAUGAAUGAGAAUGACAUUUCUACCACUAUUGAUACAGGAAUGGAAAGUCAAUCUCUUCAAAUUUUAGAAUUCAGAGGAAAUCGCUUAGAUGUUUUAUGGAUGGAUGGCAAUUCUAGAUACCUGUCCUUCUUCAAGAAUCUGACCAACCUGGAAGAACUGGAUAUUUCCUUUAACUCACUUAGAUUUUUGCCUCAUAAUGUUUUUGAAGAAAUGCCUCCCAGCCUCAGGAUCCUCAACUUAACGAAUAAUCAGUUGAAGAGUUUCAUCUGGGGAAACCUGCCCUCUCUGAGGAACCUAGUAACUCUGGACCUGAGCAAUAACCUUCUGGCUACUGUUCCCCGGGAACUGUCCAAUUGCACUUCAUCUCUCCAGAAACUGCUGCUCCGCAACAAUCGC